AUGAUGAGGGUCGGGCAAGCGCAGAGCUCGAGGGGAGCGGACGAGCUCUUGCUUCCCUCGGGCCAUGUCGUACACUACAAGAUGCUAGCGGGAGAGGUGGUGAUGGCGGUGGUUGUGUGCGGCAGGGAGGAGAAUCCGUUCCAUGGCAGGGAGAGUCUGCGGCGCCUCGAGCUCGUCAUGAUCGCGAUCGCCAAGGGCGGAGAGUUGACGUCCUCGUUCCUCAACAGGAGAUACCUGGACGUCUUCCUUGCCCUGCAGAGCUUGUCUCUGGAGAGCAUCAGGAGCUACAGCACCAUCCUCCGCGGUAUGACUUCCUCCACGCGCGAGUCCGUUCAGCUGGCAGCCGAGCUGGAGGGGCUGAAGGGCAGCAGUGUGAGGAGGAGCAUGAGGGCGGUGGAGGGAUAUCAUGUCAUAGAGAACGCGGCGAUCCAUCCCCCGGAGACCGACAUGGCAGCAGACCCGCACGACCUGUGGAACGAGAGGAAGGCAGCAGAAAGAGGAGGAGAAGCGCAGCAUGAUGCUGAUCCUGAGCAGGUGAGAGACUUUUGA